GCUACCUGUCUCACUUGAAGAGUCCGGUCUCAUUGACGGCGUCAACACACCCGAGACAUCUCACAAUAACACGAACGGCUCAUCCCCAAACGUCGUACUCACCGCUGUUCACAUAUCACCGCGCAUGUCUCAGUCUAAUAGCAGCCACCGCAGUCGCGCCCUCACAAAGACAACCCGGUCGGGAGACACCACCAUGGCCCGGACGCGGCGCUCCUACUCUCCAUCCUCCCGCUCGCGCUCCUCCUCCGCGGGUCCCCGCGAUCAUCACAAGAAGCCCGGCAUAAAAACCGCAGCCGUCUUCAUCGCCGCCAUCGCCGUCGCCUCUCUCGCCGUCCACAAGCUCUGGCCGCGCGGCAUAAUCCACUCGGAAAAGGAGCACUGGGAGCACUCGCCCUCGCCAAGCGGUCGCCGGUCCCGCAGGCGCAACGUCAUACGGGACCGUCACAACGGGUACAUCGACUACGAAGACCACAACGUCUGGGACCGCAACGACUACCCCCGCGAUCGAAGGAGGCUACCUGAGAGGGAGUACUUACCUCCCCGAAGUCGCGGCGGCGGGCGGUCACGCGGCUACGGAAGUGAGAGCGAAGGAGAUUCGUACUACUCUGAUGAUUACCUCCCGUCUCCGAGCGAGCGCUUCGAAAGAAGAGGUAGGAUCGAAGGGGAUGGCCGAGGGCGAUCGCGUGGAGUCGGCGCAGAGGGGGAGAAUGAGAUGGUGAGAUAUGAGAAGCAGUCAAAUAGGUCAGAAGCUGCCGGGAGUCGAUUCGUGGAGGAGCGUUUACCAAGACCACGAUAUAAUGAGGCCGUGGAGGAUUGGAGUCGGCGCGGUGAUCAACGAUUUCCUUCACCACCCCGCGAGCCAGAGUACGUGGAUCGAAGGCCCCGACGGAGAUCUGAUUAUUAUUAGCUGUUUAAAUUCAUGUGGAUGUGAGUCGACGGCAUCACAGUCGCAAUGUUCGAAGCAGCCGGUGAAAUAAAGCCAAGCAAGAUGAAUGGCUACCAUAACAUAAUAUCUGACCGUACUAUU